AUGGAUCGUUUGCCACCAGAGCUGAAGCUACAUGUGGCAGGUGCGGUGAGCAACGUGUCGCGGGAAGCUAUGCGAGCCUUAUCACAGGUCAACCGUCAGUGGAGUCAGAUCGUCGCGCCCAUUCUCUAUAAGAAUAUUACACUACCGCUACGAUCCCUUGAGCCUCAGGAUCGCAUUCUCCAACUUCUAGACGUCAGCCGCAUCUUACCGCAUGUUAAGAAAUUAACACUCCUUGCUAGAAGCUACUCCACUAACCUACCGGUCCCGGACGAAAGCAUAGGCGAUUUUCUGGAACAAACCCUCCCUGAAGAUAUCGAUGUUUCACUACUGUGUGAAUUUGUAGGUGAUUGGACCCCGACCAUUGCCCUGGUGAAGCGGUUGCCCUGUCUGCAGCAGCUGAGCAUCCUGGCUUUCGCACGUUAUGCUAAGCUUCUGGAUGUCGUCGCGGAGGUGCAUCCAUCCUGUCGUGUGUCUAUAUUCACGCUUAGUCGGUUUUCUCCGAGGUGGAUUCUCUAUUGGUCCGAAUGGCUUCGUUCUCCCGUGCUACAUGCGGUCACAGUCAUAUGCCAUGAUGAAAGACAUAUGACAACCUUUAAAGAGGAUCCUGAUCGUGCUCUGUGGGACCUUCUCCAUCAAGCACGGCAGAUAAAGUAUUUAUCGCUGCAAAUUAGUGUCAAACCCUUGGACUGGAUAAUCUUAGAAUCUACAAGUUGGUCCCCGUCCCAGCUGUCAGAGGGCGAAAUCAUCGAGACUCCGCGUGCGAAGCUAGAGACGCUUUCGCUACCCUUGAUCACGAAAAUGACUGCGGCACAGCUGCAAAGGUGGUCCCGGAUUACUGAUCUGGCAUAUCUCACCGAGUGGGCGGCGGGUACCAUCGAGGAAAUGACUGCCUUGACGGCCAUCACUGAGCUGCAGCCUUUCCGGGCAUUAAAGCGGUUAACGCUUAGACUUGACCAACCAAAAGACUCUCCAUGCUGGCCAAGGGCAGUCAAGAGGAUGUUUCGCUCACUCCCACCAUUGAAUUACCUCUAUCUUGUGGGAAGAUAUAACCCAGCGAUACUUCCCACCGCUAUUCUGAAACGACACGGCCCCACUCUGACCGAGCUGAAGUUGUACUACAAGCGGUCACAGUUUCAACGAAUCGACGAGGCGCGUCCACGCCCACUUAGAAAGCAGAGUGCUCCCACGUUCCCUCCAGCCGUCAUUGCCCACAUUGCAGCCUGUGCCCUGCUCUGCAGACGCUGUACGUUGGAUCUUGUCCUCAAUUGCGUGGCAGCAAGCAAGGCCGACGGGACGCCGUCUCUGCCGCGGGAGCUGACGGCGUACGAACAAGAACUCUUCCCAUACCGCUUCGGCCAGAUCUCCAAAUGGACCAUCCGGGACUGCAUGAUCAACUCGGCCAUUGAUGAAUCGCUGGUCAAGGCAAUUUUCAAUCGCAUCCUAAUGGGCCAACAGGGUCGCUCUUUGCAGCUGCUCCGCUUACAUCCGCACCUUGGCAAGUUCGAGCCCUGGAUGAGCACGGACAUGCGCAACCGUCUACCAGUUAGUGCAGGGGAGAUGAUCAAGGGAUUGGCGGGGGCGUGGCAGGUCGAGUGGCCCAGAUAUGGUAAACCGCAGUUGGAAAACCGGUUCAGGCCCAGUCGUGAUCAUGAAGCUGUAAUAAGCCCCGAAGAUGGCGAGAUCUUCGAGUCAAUUUGGCCGUCAACUCGGGAACCCAAGACUUGGCCCCUGGAAUGGUGUAGCUGGCCUCUGCAGUAG